GAUGAUGAAGAAGGCAAGGACGACAACAGUGACGAUGACAGCGAUAGCAGCAAUGACGAAAGUACCGAUGAAGAUGAAGAGAACAGCGAAGAUAGCGAAGAUAACAGCAGUGAAGAUGAAGAGAACAGCGAAGGAAGCGAAGAUAACAGCAGUGAAGAUGAAGAUGAAGAGAACAACGAAGAAAGUGACGAGACCAGUGUUGGCCAUGGAAGCCAGGAGAAUGUAACUCAGGCGGCCAUGACACCCACGGUUGCCACGGACACAACUGGGAUGUCAAACAGCACUGCUGGCAGCUUGAGACGAAAACGAGACGCUCCAUCCAGAAAGGAACACAAGAAAAAAGGCAAGAAAGACAAUAAGAAAGAGAAUGACAGCAGCGAAGAAAACCAUGCUGGUAAGCACAGUCAGGAAUCUUCUUCUACUUCAGGUGAAGGUCAUGAGAAGGUAACCGAUGGAGGCAUCAGGUCAUCAACCAGUAAACCCACCACAUCCGCCGCCUCCUUCUCCGCUACGGGCACCGCUGCUGUGUCCGGCAGCACCUCUGCAGGGUUGAGAAAGAAACGAGAGGCCCGGUUCAGGAGGAGUCCAGACAGAAGAGACGGCAAAGAGGAGAGGAGCGAAGAAGAGGAGAGCAAAGAAGAGAAAGGUGGGAAAGGCGGAAAGCAAAACCAUAAACCGUCUGAAGGUGGAAGCCACCAACAGGGAACCGUUAAGCCCACCCUGAGCGCCGCCUCAGUUCACGCCACCGCCUCGGCUUUUGCCUCUCCUUCUGCUGCAAUCCCAACCGGGACGCCCGGCGCUCUGAGACGGAGGCGACGGGCCUCCUCCAUGGAGAAGAACAAGGACGAUGACAAAGGGGACAAAAGCAAAGAAAGCAAGGAAGCCUCUGAGGAGGAGCACUCCAACGGGUCUGUCAGCUUUUACGGCCUCUUCCAGCUGUCCAGCAGCCUCUGUGAUUUGGGCAACAACGGCUCCAAGAACGAGUGCGGCAAGAAGUGCUCAGCUUUCAUCGAUGGAGACAUAACAGACGAUGUCGAAUGCUUCGUGGACAGUGGUUACUGGAGAUCAGUUCUGAGGGACAUCUCCAGCAUCUGCUUCAAGCAAAUGGACUCCUACUUUGCUCAAUGUCAAUAAGAAACUCCACAAAUCCAGUUUCUACCUCUUUCAAAAAGCUUUCACUUUUGGCUUUUGGGUGCAAAUAUGUUUCCGUCAUUAGAACUGACAUCCUUUGGUGUUUCUCUAAGUUGUAGAGUAUGUACUGAAUGAAAUCUAAUGCUUUUUUUUCUCUCAAUAAAAGUGCAUUCUAUCAUGAAA